AUGAAAAUAUUCAAAAGAAAUAAAACAUUAGAGAGAGCGAAUUUUGACAAAAUAAAUAAUGUACAAAUAUAUGGAGAGAAUAAAAUUCAUUGCAAAGGAUUUUUUGUAUCAGGACCGGCCUUUUUAACAGUUAUUUCAUCCUUUCUUAUGAUAUUAAUCCCGGUUGCGAUUUUCCACGCUUUUACCUCAACAUGGCUUUUUGAAAAGGAUAUUUAUUAUGUAACAUUUCUUAAUUUAUUCUUUUUUACACUAACAAUUUAUACCUUUUUUAAAACAAGUUUUAUGGACCCUGGUAUAAUACCAAGACAGAAAUCUGUGUUAAAUAUAUACGAUGUGAUAAUUGAACAAUAUCGGGAAACGCAACCCCCAAGACAAAAAGAAGUUUUGAUAAAUGGAAAUUUUUAUAAGCUCAAAUAUUGCUAUACAUGUAACAUAUAUAGGGGAAUAAGAACCGUGCAUUGUUCGAUUUGUGAUAAUUGUGUUGAAAAGUUUGAUCACCACUGCCCAUGGGUAGGGAAUUGUAUUGGAACUAGGAAUUACAAAUACUUUGUAUAUUUCGUUUUUAAUUUAUACAUCUUGAUAUGUAUAACACUUGGAGCUAGUAUUUACAAACUAACAAUAUGUAUCAACAGUUUAUCAGACGAAGGAUACAAUACUGAGAAGAUUUUUAUUCACAUUUGGCGAAUGGCAACAGACAGUAUCAUUUUGAUUAUAUAUACUGUCUUAACAUUGUGGUUCGUUAUAGGACUAUUAUGUUAUCAUAUAUAUACUAUUGUGACGAAUCAAACUACAUAUGAACAAAUUAAAACAUUUUAUCAAAAUGAUAACCCAUUUAAUAUUGGAGUUUUAAAUAAUAUAAAAGAAAUUUUAUUCACAAAAACGAGACCUUCGUACAUUAACUUCGUGGAUCCAGAAUUACAAAUUGUGGAUAAAAACAGUUCUCACCAUGUUUUAACUUUUAGUGAUAAAGCUAUAAGUAUAGAUAUACCAAAUGAUGAAGAUUUAUUUAACGAUAGCAAAACAAAAGAAAAAGGGAAAUGUUCUAUAAAUGAAUUUAAAUUUUCAGACAAUAAAUUGACAAAAAAGGGAAAUGAUCAUCAUUCAUAUUUAAUGAAUGAUGCCAAAUCUCGAAAUAAAUCUUAUAAUAUAAAAAAAACCAUAAGGAAAGAAAAAAGUUUUGAGGAAUAUGAUAUUACCAAAUUGAAUAAUAUUUCAAAUAAAGCAAUUGAAAAGGCUACACAUUUUAAGUAUGAUAAAAAUAGAAAUUCAAAAUUGAGUAAAAUUAAAUUAUCAAGCAUUAAAAAGAAAAAUAGUUAUGCUGAAGAAUUAAGUAACGAUUUUGAGGAAAUUAAUCAGUACACACAAAAACGAAUAAUUAAUUUAGAUAAUACUCUAGGUUCUUUAUUAAUUAAAAAUGAUUUAUCUUCAACUAGUAGCACAAAUAAUGAUGUAUACAGUGACAUAUAUAACGAGAGCAGGGCCAGUUAUGUAGGGGAUGAAAUGAAUACAGAAGAGCUUUAUGAAUAUCAAGAUGAUGAUAUAAUUGGAUUGAAUCCAAAAAGAAUGACUAAUAAUAAUAAUUACAUUAUUGUCAUAAAGAAUUGGAAAAAGGAAAAUGAAAAUUGGAAAAAUAAUUUACCCAAGAAUAGUUUAUGUAGGAGCGGCUUAAGUAGGAGCAGCUUAGUUAAAAACAGUGAAGGCAAAAGUAGUAUAAGCAAAAUCGGCUUAGGAAAAAAUGGCCUAAGCAAAAACGGCCUAAGCAAAAAUGGCCCAAGUAAAAACAGCCCAAGUAAAAACAGCCCAAGUAAAAACGGCCCAGGUAAAAACGGCCCAGGUAAAAAUUGCCCAAGUAAGAACAGCUUAAGUAAAAACGCUAAAGGGGCAAAUGAUCCCUGCAUACAAGUAGAGGAUUCUAAGAAAAUUAGAAGAAAACAAAUCAAAUAUGAAACAAAAAUUAACUGUUUUAGUAAUUUAAUUCAUGUAAAGAAAAAAUUAGAACAACCGAUACAAUAUAAGAAGAGAUUCCCAUUCAUGCGAAAGUUUAAAAGCAAAGUAGAAACAUAUUAUGUAGUCCGAUAUGCCAAUUUAAAUAAGAAGGACUUUUCGGCAUACUGUCACCACACAACUGCUUUUCAGGAAAUGAAUAAAGUAGAACAAAUGAACAAGAUGAAGAAGAGAAAUUAUUUGAAGAAAUUAUUCUCAAGGAAGCGCCGAUCCGAUAAUAAUGGGUAUAUCAAAAAAGGGAAAAUAAAAAUAUUCAGCACUGCCAAGCAUUCGAAUUGGCAUGGGGGAUAUGAUAAUCGUGACGAAUGUGAUGCUUGUAUCAAAAACGGAAACAAUGACUACUCAGUAAACAUGCAUGAGGAUGAGAAAAUUUUAAUGAGUAAGAGGAAGAAGAAGAUGAUGGAAUUACAGAAGGAUGUUAUCAUAAGCAUAUACAAUUACAAACCGAAAGAAAAAAAACAGAAGAGUGAAGAACGGGAAAGAGAAAGUGAGCAUGGUGCAAAUAACGCAAAGGGAGGAAAAAUGGAAAAUUUUGAAAAAGAAGAAAAUUUUCAAUUGUGUGAAAGGGGUAAACGAAAAAACAACCAAGAGGAAGAACAAUAUUUUUCAGAGAAAAACGAUCACGAAUUCAAUGUUGAUGCAUCAGCUAAGCACGAAGAAGAGAGUCAAAAGAAGUUGGACCUAAAAUUAACUGCAUAUUACCUUCCAGGAAUUGACAAAGUUGAACUAGAAAACUUUAGCAAGAUAUGCGAAAUGAGAUACACAAAAAUGUAUAAAUGGAAAUAUAAAAAGAUGCAUAAAAGAAUAUUAAGAAAAGAAAGAAUUAAACUGUUAUAUAGAUCACAUAAAAAUAUUCAUUUGUAUGAUAAUAACAAGAAUUAUUAUUUCGGUGAAUCAACAAAUAUUCAUAAUAACAAUAAUGUUAUAUUAAAACAAUAUCUGGGCACUAAUCUGUACCUUACGAAAGUUAAAAAGAGGAAUAAGUUUGACAAUUUAAAAUUGCUUAAUUAUUUAAUUCAUAAACAUAAGCAAGAUAAAGAUCGUUCAGACACAAAAAAAAAAAGUAAAGCAUCCAAAUUUUUUUAUUUUUUUACAUCCUUUGCUCUUAUAAUUAAUUGUAUACACAUACCAUCUAGCAAUGAUAAUGACGCAUAA